CAGUAGUCAGCCAAACCAAGACAAUUCUCUGCUGGAUUUCUAGGUUUAAAAAGGAAAAGAAAAAUGAAAUACCCGACCAUUUUCGGGUACCCAACUAGCGGAUACCAGAUUGUAUGGCGGGUACCCGACCCAAAAACCGGAAACAGGAGCUGCCGACCACAACUUAUUGCAAUGAUUUUCAACUUGGCUAUAAAUGGAAUACAAUUUUCAAUUUAGUACAGCACCAAAAAGGAAGAGUUCUGAAUUUCAUAGAUAGAUGACAAUAAUGUCAGUAGUAGAAGAAGAAGAAGAGCCUGCUAGCCCAAGUGCCAGAUUAAUGCAGACACCAGGCUUCGACAUUUGUGUAUACGCAGUACUCGGUUACAUGACCGUUAUCGAUGUCGAUUUAUUCAAGAACGAGUUGGAGCUAACCCUCGUUAAACAUCCUCGUUUCUCCAGCCUCCUUAUUGAAAAGGAUAAGAAGCGCGGUAACUAUUCGUGGAAACGAACAGUAGUAGACAUUGAUAAGCACGUCUUUGUUCCGGAUUUGGAUCCGGACAUGGAAAAUCCCGAUGAAUUCGUGGAGAAUUUUACGUCGGGCCUAUCGAGAAAAACACUGGACCCCACGAAGCCGCUUUGGGAAAUCCACAUUCUAAAUGUGAAAACAUCGGAUGCAAAUUCAACGGUGAUUUUCAAGAUCGACCAUUCAAUUGGCGAUGGUGUUUCUCUCAUUUCCCUAGUCCUGGCUUGUGCCGCCAUGCAUAGCUCCGGUGGUGAUUUGUUACCUGUUCUUCCGUCUAAGAAACGAAAAACUAAUAGUAUUGGUGAUCGUAACAGUAAUAUUGGAUCGAAGAUGAAGAGGUUGUUCUUGUCUGCUUGGACAAUAUUAUUGGUUGUUUUCUACACCUUGAUUGAUUUAAUAAUGCUUUUGGCAACAAUGUUGUUUCUCAAAGACUCGAAAACUCCCAUCAAAGGAGAAAGAGGGGUCGAAAACACUCCCAAGCGAUUCGUUCAUCGGAUUCUUAAUCUUGACGAUGUUAAGCUUGUCAAGACGGCAAUGCACGUGAGCAUUAAUGAUGUUUUGAUGGGAGUAACAGAAGCUGGUCUCAGUCGGUAUCUCAAUACGAGAUACGCCACCACAGAGAAACACGAGAAAAGUAAUAACAACACUUUACCGAGAAAUCUUCGUCUGAGAGCAGGGAUUGCAUUUAACCUCAGGCCAUCACCUUCAAUUAAGGAUUUGAUCGAGGUUAUGGAUGAGAAGAAGGAAUUAAAAGGAAUGUGGGGAAAUUUGGUAGGCCUUGUCCUAAUUCCACUAACUAUUGCUUUGCAAGAUGACCCCUUAGCUUAUAUACGUAGAGCAAAGUCGAUUAUGGAUCGAAAGAAGCUAUCACUUGGACCCAAUUUUAUUUUCAUGCUACUCAAGCUACUCAUCAACUUAUUUGGAACCAAGGCAGCUCUACUUGUGACGAGGGCUGUUUUCACCAAAACUACAGUUGGUUUCUCGAAUGUGGUCGGCCCACAGGAAGAGAUCAAAUUAUUUGGCCAUCCUUUGUCUUACAUUUCUCCUACUGUUUCUGGCUUUCCUCUAGCGUUGGUUAUCCAUUACCAAAGCUAUGGUAAUAAGUUAAUAAUUGCGUUAGCUGCCGAUGAAAAAUUGAUUCCGAAUCCUCAUCAGCUCUGCGAUGAUUUGCAGAACUCUCUUCAAGACAUUAAACAAACUGUUAUAAAGAGAGGGCUUGUUGUCAUGGUCUAGAUUUCAGUUAUGCUGAAAUGAUUAAUUUGAAUAAUAUAUUGCAUCUAUAUAAGUCAAAGUUGUAAUAAUAAAGUCAACUAUUUCUUCAACG